AUGGCGGAAUCGAAACUUUUGAAUCGGCUCACAGAAGACUUCCUCGAGUGUCAGAUCUGCCUGCAGCCCUACCGCCGGCCCAAGGUACUGUCUUGUCUUCAUUCUUUCUGCCUGCAGUGUCUUGAAGAGCUUUUGAAGAAACAAAAGGUGAAAACAGAGCUUGACUGCCCUACCUGUCGCAGCAAGACUUUACUUCCGGGUGGCGGGGUCGCGGAGCUGAAAGAUAAUUUCUUCGUGGAGAGCCUGAAGGACACGGUGGACGUCCACAAGAAGCUGACUAAUGAAGGAGAGAGUCUGGUCUGUGGGAGCUGUGAGACCAAGUCAGGAGCGGAGUCCUUCUGUACGGAAUGUGGCGACUUUCUGUGUGACGAAUGUGUAGCAAUUCACAGUCGUAUAAAGGUCACCAGAGGUCACCAGGUGAUCUGCGUAGAGCAGCUCAAGGCCGAGUCCGACACCGUUAAGAUCAAGCCUCGACCACUGCCAUCGUGUAGGAUCCACUCACAGGAGACUCUGAAGUUGUUCUGUGUCGACUGUAACGAGGCUAUCUGUCAACUGUGCACCGUGCUGUCCCACAAGGACCACCUGUACGAGUAUUUCGCCGACACAGCCUUGAAGGCAAAAGAAGACAUACGCGCUCUUCUUGCGAAAACAGAGACGAAAAUGGUGGAUCUUACGAAUGCUGGUCAAAAGACACACGCACAGAAGACAGAGUUGGAGAAAAAUGUCACUGAAAGCAUCGAAAAGAUCAAGAGGAAAGCAGAACGAACUAGGAGGGAGUUGGUUGCGUUGGUCAAUCAACAAGAGGCCGAGUUACUGAGUUAUGUGAACGCGUUGAGCCAGACCCGGAGUAAGGAGUUCUCCACCGCUAUAGAAGAGAUAGAAACGGCGACCGUGGCGUUAGAGAGCGCGGCAGAGUUCGGACGGAACAUCGUUGAACGCGGGUCGGAGUUUGACAUGAUGACGGUCAGUGGAGAAGUGAGCGGUAGACUGAAGAACCUGUUACAGGUAGAUCUUACUGACAUUAAAGAUGGAUUACCUGCGAAAGCAUACAUCUUUUGUGAAGAGGACAAAACGGCAAACAUGGUCAAGCCUCACUUGGGAAAAGUCAAGACAACGCGAGAUUCAGGUUACCCCACUGCCCGUCACACCAUCGGUACCACCGGCCGUCUGGGCCCGACCAGCCUGGGGACCCACUACCGCGGACAGGACCACGAGGGGCUGGUGCAGCUGAAGGACGGGAUUCAGUACUUCACUGUACCAGAUACCGGGCAGUACAGGGUAGAGGCAGCAGUUGAGGUACAGGCGGAGUUUGACUAUGAGGCCAUGCUGGAUGACGAGCUGACGUUAAAGAUUGGUGACAUCAUCACCAACGUGAAGCAACAAGAUGGCGGCUGGUGGGAGGGCGAACUAAACGGGAAGAAGGGCUGGUUUCCUGCUAACUUUGUCACGGUUAGACAGAGGAGAAGGGGGCAGUACUGCAACACAUGUUGA